CACCGGGAGACCCGGUGACCCCCUCCUGUCACGCCGAAACGUGUGCGCUUUGUCAAAGUUUGAAGCGGAACUCGGCUGUCUUUCGUUCGUGUCUCUUCACAGAAAUCCACUUUUGGUUUCUUUGUUUUUGGUCCUCUUUCAAAGAAUGUGUCACGUUUCUUUUUUUUUUUUUUUUUUGUCCUUCAGAGAGCCGUUUGCCUCGGAGGCGCCGGGUAGACGCUCGAGUCUUGACCGGAGGGCUCGGUGCGUCCGUGUCCUGGCGGCGGACAACGAAGUGGCGUCUCGCCAUCUCGCGGGAGCAUCGCUGACGGCUUCGGACGCGCACGCGCGCACGUCAAGGGCGCUAAUCUCUAAAAGAUUGAUGAGACGCGGCGCCCCGACGGGAGGCGCGGCAGAGGCGGCGGACGAUGAUAAAUUUAGGGGCCCUCGGACGGGAAUCGGGAGCCGCCGCGGGCCGCGGAAAGGGCGCCUCGGCUCGGUCCGGCCGGGAGGACGAGGGCGACGCCGGGUCGCUGUUAAAAUGGCUGACUAGCGGGAAGCCGCAGAGCUGAGGCCGAGGCCGACUUGACCCGCACGCUUGCGGACCCGCCCGGGACAAUGUGCAACAUCUCCUUCUGUAAUGUGGAAAGCAAAGUGGAUCAGUACUUCCAGCCCACGCUCUACAUCGUGGUCAUGGCGCUGGGCCUGCCCACCAACUGCUUGGCCUUGUGGGCCGCCUACUUGCAGGUACGGCAGCACAACGAGCUGGGCGUGUACCUGAUCAACCUGUCCGUGGCGGACCUGCUGUACAUCGGCACGCUGCCGCUGUGGAUCGACUACUUCCUCCAGCGCGACGACUGGAUCCACGGCCAGGAGAGCUGCAAGCUCUUCGGCUUCAUCUUCUACACCAACAUCUACGUCAGCAUCGCCUUCCUCUGCUGCAUCUCUCUGGAUCGAUACCUGGCGGUGGCCUACCCGCUCAGGUUUGUCAAGGUGCGGCGCGUCAAGACAGCCAUCCUGGUGAGCGCCACGGUGUGGCUGAUCGAGAUCGUGGCCAACUCUGCGCCGCUUUUCCACGACGAGCUCUUCCAGGACCGCUUCAACCACACGUUCUGCUUCGAGAAGUACCCCAUGCAGGACUGGGUGGCGGGCAUGAACCUGUACCGGAUCUUCCUGGGCUUCCUGGCUCCGUGGAGCGCCAUCCUGGUGGCCUACCGCGGCAUCCUGGUCGCCGUGCGCCGCAACGUCUCCACCGAGCGGGAGGAGAAGGCCAAGAUCCAGCGUCUGGCGCUGAGUUUGAUUCUGAUCGUGCUGCUGUGCUUCGGGCCUUACCACAUCCUUCUUCUGGUCCGGAGCGUGAUGUUUCUCUGGAAGCCCUGUGACUGCGGUUCCGAGGAGCGGCUGUUCGCCGCCUACCACGUCUCGCUGGCGCUCACCAGCCUCAACUGUGUCGCCGACCCCAUUUUGUACUGCUUCGUCAACGAGGGCGCCAGGCACGACGUGGGCCGGGCUCUGUCCGCGCUGCUGUCGGCGAGGCGCCGCAGGGGUUCCGCUUCUUCGCCGUCGCAGGCCGACGUCCUCAACGCGCCGUCCGUCACCUUGGAGACGCCGCUGGCGGCCAAGAAACAGCCGUGCGUCUACGCCGACGGGAGUCGGGCCAGCGGAUACCAGACGGAACUGGAGGCGCUCAAGGAGGAAUGUCUGCAGAUGAGCGCGCUCGCCGGCACGAAGUGACGCCCAACUCGAAAAGAAAACCCGCUUUGGCGUUAGGGCCUCCGAUGAAGGUUUCAAGCCAGGGUUGCGGUUACAAAGUCGUGAAAUUCUUUCAAAAAUAUGGAACGAACACGCCAAAGGCCUCUAAAAUCUGCUCUAUUAAAUACAUUGACCAAAAACCAAUUGAUUACUAAAGUACAUGACAUACUCUACCGCUCUUCUUACGAAUAAAGUACAACGGCAAUUCCAUAGGACGUCGUGUUAAACGUAAAUAAAAGCAGAAUACAAUGAUUUUACAAAUCACGCUCAACAUGUAAUUCGUUGAAUGCACUCCAAACACAAUUUUUAAUGUUCAAACUGAUAAAAUUCAAAGCGUGCGGUGCAUUACGAAGCGUAAAAUAAGACAAUGGAGACCCCGGACCGUUGAACGACUGAAGCUGUGCAUCAGGCAAGAACGGGAAAGAAUUUCACCUACAAAGCUUCAACAAUUAGCGUCUUCAGUCCCCAAGCGCUAACUGAAUGUUGUUCCAAGAAAAGGUAACGGAACACAAUAGAACAUGUUGCAGCCAUAAAAUUCAAAACUAAUGAUGAUUUGUUAAAUCCAAAAUUUGAAUAUUAAAUAGCUUGUCUUUGUGGCGUAUUCAAUGAAAUAAUAGUUGAACGUGGUAAGCAAAUCACUGUAUUCUGAUGUGAUUUGUCACAACCUCAUCGGGAUCGGGGUUCUACCUUCGGCUCCAUUCAAGUCCAGUUUUGCAGGCAAACGACGCAGUCACAAAAGUUCGGAAGCGUCGACUCGGAGAACCCCUUGGAAUUUCGGCCAUUGCACGUGAAACGGGCGAAGGGCUUCCCAGUCUACCAAACGUUUUCUCGUGGACGGACUGGGCCAAAGCGGGAAUCGCGAAAAUCCACCGCUAAGUGACGCCAAUCGUCACUGCACUGAUGUAGCGCCGAUAAUCCCGAACCGCCAGUGCUGUACUUGGGGGGGUGUUCACGUCACUUCAGAUUUUUAAUACCCUUCACCGAGGGUUUCUUCAUCUUUAAUCAACUCAUUUGCAAAAUUCUUGCCGCGUUAGAGUCUGGUUGAAUGUCCCAUUCCAACCGGACUCAGCAUUUUGACGUUGCUGAAGUCGGUUGACGGUCGAAAAGUCGGCUUGCGGUUUCAAACCAGGGGUGGAAUUUCCAAUUGGGGUUCCGAGCCAGGUUUCUGUUGUCGGGUGUUGGAAAAGGGGCGCACGACGGACCCAUCGGGGUCGGGGGACACUUCCCGGACCAGACCGAGCGUGACUGAGGACGCGGAACUUCCUGCUGCAGAGGAAGUGACAUCAUUUGGGACUCGCAAACGUUUGGAGCGAGAUUUGCGUGACGAAUCACUCGCGCGUGAACGUCGGACUUUCCUGGCGAGGAAAAUGGCCGCCACAGUUUUAAUCCCCGCAUCGAGACUCUCUUUGAUCUUCAUCGGUUUCUUUUGUCGCUAGUCAACUUUGUAAGUUAUUCAUCGUUUUGUUUACGAACACAACAAACCGUGUCGUCACCUCGCCAACUUCAAUUAUGGCUGACAUCCACGAGCUGACUUUGGUUGUUAUUUAUUCAAGUGUUAUUUAUUGAUAUUGACUAUCAUACAAAUAUUUGUGGAUAUGCUUAACAGUGAUUGCAAUUUACAAUUUGUAAUUUAUGGUCAGCGUUGAAACUAUGAAAAAUGAAACGGUUGAAGGCUCAGGGUUUGAAAUUUCAAAUUGAGUUUCACGUCAAAUUUAGGAUUUGGAAUCGGGUUCAAGUGAAAUGUGAGAAUUUUGAAGAUUUCAAAUUGGAAUUUCACUUCAAAUUCAUCUUUUGAACGAAGGUUUCAAGCCGUGGUGAAUGUUUAUUAUGACAGUAGCAACGGUUUGUUUAUUCUUGGCCUGAAUAUUUAUACGCAAACAUAUUUAAUCAUCCGCUCCAGAAUCGGCUCCGCUCGUUCCUCCCUCCAGCGCGACCAAUCUGACCCAGAAUCCAUUUGGAGAGCAAAAGCGGGAAAAACGACACUGCUGCUAGCGCGAUACAAUAAUGUGAAAUUAUCGUAUAAGUGGCUGGUAAAGCGUUGGCCUCACAGUUCUGAAGUCCCGGGUUCGAUCCCGGCCCCGUCUGUGUGGACUUUGCAUGUUCACUCCGGUUUCCUCCCACAUCCCCAAAAACAUUAAUUGGAGACUCUAAAUUGCCCGUAGGUGUGAUUGCGAGUGCGGCUGUUUGUCUCGAUGUGCCCUGCGAUUGGGUGGCGACCAGUUCAGGGUGUACCCCGCCACCUGCCCGCUGACAGCUGGGAUAGGCUCCAGCACCCCCCCCCCCCGUGACCCUCGUGAGGAUAAGCAGCAAAAGAAAAUGGAUGGCUACUGUAAAUGCUGGGUUUUUUUUCCCCAAUACACAAACAAAUCAUACAUUUAAUUUUUAAAAUUGGCUUUUUCAUGCUUUGCUUUUGGUAUGCUCCCAUGUUGUGAGGGUAAGCAGUGCACAUCAGCAGCACUUUGGACAACUAAAGCCAAAAACAAAAACACCUCGAUGCCAUUAUCGUCGAGUGACAGCCAUGCGCUUGUCCUCAAUGGCAGGAAGUCCACGAUUACCAUUCGCACAAUAGAAAAAGCAUGAAUAUUGCAAUUGAAAUUGAAAAAAAAUUGCCAACAGAUGCGACAAGAUGGUGGCAAAGCACUCUUUUUGUAUUGCAUAAACUCCUCAAUUCACUUUCUCAUAGUUGAACGUCAACCUCGAACAUUCGAGAGUCGACCGGGACGGACGUUCACCCUGCGUCACUUCCUGUCUGCGAGCAAAUCAGGUUUUUGUGUUUUUGUUUAGGACGCGCACAGUAAAACUUUCUCACGGUCCCCGGGCGGCUCCGUAAGCCCAACAAACAAACGGCCGCCGUACAGAACUGCGACCCGCGUGACGUUCGGUGUUUAACCCCCAACAACAACAACAACAACUCAUCGCCAUGAUGACUUCAAUUUCAACUUGGAAACGCGACUGACCUCAAUUGAACUCAAUAACCAACAUUUGAAUAACUUUUAAUAAAAACUCUCACAUGAAGGAGUGCUCCAAAAACACAUUACAUUCUUUCUGUAUUUGAUUGAAAUUAAAAAGGACCUGGCAAAUAAACAGUUUACAGAGUUUUGUCAAACGCCGCCAUCUUGUGUAUGGUUAACACAAUGCCGCAGAAAUGACGUACGCAGUUAUUAUUUCGUUGUCAAUUAGAGCGUGAAUCAUGUCCCCAUCUCUAUUUGUCAAUUUCUUUAAAAAAAAAACAAAAACAAAAAAAAAA